AUGGAUCCUACUGCCAGAUAAUCAGAAAAUUAAGAAAAAUUAAUUGUUAUAAACCGGUCCUAAAACAUCAGAUUGAUAAAACACACAUUUUAGCUAUUUAUAAUUAUAGAAAUUCUUGUUAUAAUAAGUAAGUACUUUUUUUCAUAUAGCUUAAAUUUUUAUGUUGUCAUAUUAUAAGCUUUAUACUCCUUAUAAAUUAGAAGCUAAUAAAUUGUGGAUCUCUUUUUAUUAUAGUUGUUAAGGAGAUAAUUGCUUUCAUAAUAAGUAUAAAUAUAUUAAUUAAGCAAUCUGUGUUCGAAUGUUUCAACAUCAGAAUAAUAUCCAAUGGAUCAUUGUUUGAAAUCUUAAGAUUUUAAUAUAUUUAGAUAUAUUCUAAGUAGCAUUCUUAUUUUAAUUGUUCUUAUUAUGAUCUUUGAUAUUUAUAGAAUGAUGAAUAUCAAAAAUGAAUUGAAAAAUCAAAUUUUGUCUCCUAAACUUAUUUAUAAGGCUAAGAAAUAUUAAAUUUUUAUAAUACUUUUAUUAUGCUUAUAUUAUGUGAUACUAUUCAUUUUUAUUUUUGGAAUAGAUGGAUAUUGUAAUCAAUAUUGAUAUCAUAAAUAGAUUGUAGUGGAUUAGGAAGUGCAUUUUUUGUUGGAUUUUCAGGAUUCUUAAUAUACUUGAUCAUUAUUAUAUAUUUUAGAUAUCUAAAAGGCAGGUUAUCAAGAGAAUCUUAUUUUGAAAACCUUUUAAACGGUGGGCUUGAAGCAUCUGAUUUGUAACAAAAUUUUGAAUUUAAAACCGUUGAAUGCAGAGAAGAGCGAUUUUAUUCUGUUCCAGACAUAGAUAAUUGA